GCUACCUGCUUUUCCGGGAUUUUGCCUUCAACCAGGCCGAGGAGGCCAAGCCCCUGAUGGAAUUUUAUGAGGAGAUCAAGAAGUACGAGAAGCUGGACUCGGAGGAGGAGCGAGCCACCCGCAGCCGCCACAUCUUCGACCAUUACAUCAUGAAGGAGCUGCUGGCCUGCUCCCAUCCCUUCUCCAAGAGCGCCACAGAGCACGUCCAGAGCCACCUGAGCAAGAAGCAGGUGCCCCCAGACCUCUUCCAGCCCUACAUUGAGGAGAUCUGCCAGAACCUGCGUGGGGGCAUCUUCCAGAAAUUCAUUGAGAGUGACAAGUUCACGCGGUUCUGCCAGUGGAAGAAUGUGGAGCUGAACAUCCAUCUCACCAUGAACGACUUCAGCGUUCACCGAAUCAUCGGCCGCGGCGGCUUCGGGGAGGUCUACGGCUGCCGGAAAGCGGACACGGGCAAAAUGUACGCCAUGAAGUGCUUGGACAAGAAACGCAUCAAGAUGAAGCAGGGCGAGACGCUGGCCCUCAACGAGCGCAUCAUGCUGUCCCUCGUCAGCACUGGGGACUGCCCGUUCAUCGUGUGCAUGUCCUAUGCCUUCCACACGCCCGACAAGCUCAGCUUCAUCCUCGACCUCAUGAACGGAGGGGACCUGCACUAUCACCUGUCCCAGCACGGCGUCUUCUCGGAGGCGGAGAUGAGGUUCUAUGCGGCCGAGAUCAUCCUGGGCCUGGAGCACAUGCACAGCCGCUUCGUGGUGUACCGUGACCUCAAGCCAGCAAACAUCCUCCUGGACGAGUUCGGCCACGUCCGCAUCUCCGACCUGGGCCUGGCCUGCGACUUCUCCAAGAAGAAGCCCCACGCCAGCGU